CAAAUCUAUUACAUUUAUUGAGAUAAAUCAUGGGGAAAGAGUCGAAACCAACACAGCAGGAGAUUGCCACGGGGGCACUAGCAGGAAUUUGCUCUGGUUAUUUGUUCAAGAAAGUGAGCAAGUACGCUGCUGCUACUGCUGUGGUUGGAUAUCUUGCUGUUCAGGGAGCAUCUCAAGCUGGAUACAUCAAGAUAAACUGGAAGAAAGUUAACGACCAAAUAGAGGAUCUGAAAGAAGCCUGCACUAUUUCCACAGCGGGCUACGUAAAGGACCUAACGGAAAAACUAGCAGAUUUGACGGAUGAGAUCAGUGAGAUAAUAACGGACGAGGACACGUUGUUGUUGGAGAACGAGGGGAGGCUAAAGGCUACAGCUAGACGAGCUUAUGAGGCGUUCAAACAGAACGCUGCGACUUCAGGAAGUUUUACGGUGGGAUUUGCUCUUGGUAUUUUGUUCGCUUGAAACAGCGUGCCUAAGUUUCUCAACCACCUUCUCGUCCUGACUUGGUCUUUGAAGACCUCUGUCUAAAAUAUGUGAGCGAAAGCCUACCUAAAGUGCCCAAACAUUUAUAAUAUGUUGGCAGGAAUAAUCAUAGUAACCAUGGUAACGGCAAGGUGGAACUGUUUUUUGUUCCACCAAAACUAAAGACAUUUUAAAUUUAAAUUACAUUUUUAUGAUAUUGGUGAAGUAUAAUUUCCAACAGCUUUGAUCUAAUAUCAACUUUCUCUUCUCCAUAUGAUUCGACUGAAACAUUUUUCUGUUCAGUUAAGAUUUUUUGAGUAUGAAUAUUUCAAUUAUAGUUGGUUUUAACUUUAUGUACAUUUCGUUAUAUAUUUUUCUCAUUGUGA